CUCGUGGGCGCUCCCCGGCCUGGCUGUCGCGCCGCCGCAGAGGAUCCCUGGCCGUCCCGGAAAUGCUCUCGGCCGGCGCCAACAUGGCUGCGGCCCUGCGGGCUGCGGGCGCGCUGCUCCGCGAGCCGCUGGUGCAUGGCGGCUCGAGGGUCUGUCCGCCAUGGAGGUGCCAGUCGGGUGCAGCGGUGGCAGCCACCACAGAGAAAGCGCGUCAAGCCAAGACUGCAACACCUCAGGCUCAACCAGAAAGGAGGAAGCCCAAAACCGGCAUAUUAAUGUUAAACAUGGGGGGCCCCGAAACCCUCGGAGAAGUUCAAGACUUCCUUCAAAGACUCUUCUUGGACCGAGACCUCAUGACACUUCCCAUUCAAAAUAAGCUGGCGCCAUUCAUCGCCAAACGCCGAACCCCCAAAAUUCAAGAGCAGUAUCGCAGGAUCGGAGGUGGAUCCCCCAUCAAGAUGUGGACUUCCAAGCAGGGAGAAGGCAUGGUGAAGCUGCUGGAUGAGCUGUCGCCUGACACAGCACCUCACAAAUACUAUAUUGGAUUUCGGUACGUCCAUCCUCUGACAGAAGAAGCAAUUGAAGAGAUGGAGAGAGAUGGCCUAGAAAGGGCCAUUGCUUUCACACAGUAUCCACAGUAUAGCUGCUCCACCACGGGCAGCAGCUUAAAUGCCAUUUACAGAUACUAUAACGAGGUGGGACGGAAGCCCACCAUGAAGUGGAGCACAAUUGACAGGUGGCCCACGCAUCCCCUCCUCAUCCAGUGCUUUGCAGACCACAUUCUGAAAGAACUGGAUCAUUUUCCACGGGAGAAGAGAAGCGAGGUGGUCAUUCUGUUUUCUGCCCACUCCCUGCCAAUGUCUGUUGUCAACAGAGGGGACCCCUAUCCCCAAGAAGUAGGUGCCACUGUCCACAAAGUCAUGGAAGAGCUAGGUUACCCCAACCCCUACCGACUGGUUUGGCAGUCCAAGGUUGGCCCAGUAUCCUGGUUGGGUCCUCAAACAGAUGAGGCUAUCAAAGGGCUUUGUGAGAGGGGGAGGAAGAAUAUCCUUUUGGUUCCAAUAGCGUUUACCAGUGAUCACAUUGAGACACUUUAUGAACUGGAUAUUGAAUACUCCCAAGUAUUAGCAGAGAAGUGUGGAGCGGAAAACAUCAGAAGAGCGGAGUCUCUUAAUGGAAAUCCAUUGUUCUCUAAGGCCUUGGCUGAUCUGGUACACUCACACAUCCAGUCAAACAAGCUGUGCUCCACGCAGUUGACUCUGAGCUGUCCGCUCUGUGUAAAUCCUGUCUGCAGGGAGACUAAAUCCUUCUUCAGCAGCCAGCAGCUGUGACCCUGCCUGAGGACCCGUGGGAUUUGCAGAUGCACAAC